AUGUUGCGACUUUUACUUAUAGUGAUUGUCUACGGCAUCGUCCACACUGGUUUGGUGGUGGCAAUGAAACACCACGAAAAUGGAAGCUCUUAUAAUGUUCAGCCCUUUCACAUUGAUCUCUCAUCUUCUGUGCCACAUAUGAAAGAUCUCAUAGGGAGAACUCAACUUCCAAAGAAGCCAAUUUAUUACGGUAUUGGCGAGUCAACAGGCAUAGAUCUUGAUGUUCUUCAAGACCUUCAAACAGAGUGGCUCACGAACUUUACCUGGUACGACGAACAAGCCACCAUGAACCGAUACCGGCAUUAUACAGCUGAUAUUGAAGGCCUGACUAUCCACUACAUUCACGAGAGAUCUGCAUCACCUACGGCGAUACCGCUUAUACUGAAUCACGGAUGGCCAAGCUCUUUUCUGGAAUUUUUACCCCUUGUUGAUGCUCUUGUUCAACCCAGCGAGAUUCCUUCUCUCAAUGCUACAUUUUCCGCCCCUUAUACUGGGAGCUAUAGCAUUAAUGUAUCUUUCCAUGUUGUCAUUCCCUCCCUGCCAGGGUUCGGCUUCUCUAGUCCCCCUACCAAUAUCAACUUUACUACUGAGGAUACUGCUCGGGUCUUCAACACCUUAAUGACGGAUGUCCUUGGUUAUCGAACCUAUGCCGUGUCAGGGACUGACUGGGGGUCGCCCAUAAGCUAUGCCAUGUACAAUAGCUAUGAGACAUCCGUGCGGGCAGCACAUUUCUCAUAUCUUCCCUUUCCAAUUCUGAAUGGGACGCAGCUUGCUGCGUUGAAUAUUUCUCUCGACCAGGUGGAUUCUAUCAAUCUCCAGGCUGCCGAAAACUGGAUAGAAUCAGGACAAGGUUAUCGUGUUGAGCAGGGUACGAAGGGGUCUUCGAGCGCCGCCACCAGGCCAAUCGCCGCCAACAUGCUCUACACCGGAGCUAUCAACACUGGACGCUCAUCAUCUACCCGUCGAUUACGACUGUCUUCGUCAGCUAGGCUAAGCACACAAAAAGGACCUAUCAGAGCAUCGCCAAAGACGAAAAAUUUCGCGAGCCCUAAUUGGAGGUUUGGUACGAACAGCAAUGGACGCUCACGACAGAUGGAGGCGGCUCAAGCUGCGAUACCCGCACCGGGCCCUACCUCCACAAGAGGAGCAAUCAAAAAAGAUCUGAUUGUGGCGAGUAUGGUUGGAGACAACACCACCUGGCUCUACGACUGGCUUCCGGACUGGCAUAAGAGCAUCUACAUCGUGGACGAUGAAUAUGCAGACUUGACGGUGUCAACCAACAAAGGCCGGGAGUCCAUGGUCUAUCUUACAUACAUCAUUGAUAAUUAUGAUCAAUUGCCGGAUUAUAUGCUCUUUAUACAUUCUCAGCGCUACCAAUGGCACAACGAUGAUCCGUACUAUGACGGAGUGCCAAUGAUCAAACGAUUCCAGCUCCCGUAUCUCGAGUUGAUCGGCUAUGUGAAUCUGCGUUGCGCCUGGGUGCUCGGAUGUCCCGACGAGAUCCAUCCUAUGACGGACACCAACAGUGAUGAAACUGUUCAUGCAGGCGCAUAUUUUUAUAAUGGAUUUAGGGAAUUGUUUCCCGGAGCCAAGGUCCCAGAGACCGUUGCGGUGUCUUGCUGUGCACAGUUUGGGGUUGCGCGGUGGAAGAUUCGUGAGCGGCCAAAGAGUGAUUACGAGCGGUAUAAGCAGUGGCUCCUCAAGACGAAUUUGGAUGAUGCGAUGAGCGGUCGGAUAAUGGAGUAUUCAUGGCAUAUGAUCUUUGGAAUGGAUCCGAUUCAUUGUCCUAAUGCUGCAGAGUGCUAUUGCAAUGUCUGGGGACUGUGCGAUCUGAAAUGUACUCAGGAUGAAUGCGAAAACCGCUACGCGUUGCCUCCUUAUUCGACAUUGCCCGAUGGGUGGCCGCAAAUUGGAUGGAAUGGGAAGCCUCAGAACCCGAGUAAAGGGGGGCUUCCUUUGGUAGAUUGA